UACUCAGUUAUGGGUCUCCCAUCAUUAUAUUUAGUGUAUUUCAGUUGUAUUUGUCUGUUAUUUUUGUUUCUUUAUUAGUUAGGAGAGUUUGUUAUUUUUUGGUUGUAUUUGCCUAUAUAAAGGCUUUCUGUAGCUUUGUUUUACAUAUAUAACAGAUCAAUAAUAUUCUCAUUCUUUUCUUUCUUUCUUUCAUCAGCAAUAUGGUAUCAAAGCCGGAAGCUUAGAGCUUCCAUACGAUCCUUCUCCGGCGUCUUCUCCGGCAUCCUCUGGUUUAUACCUCUGACUGCUGCUCCAAUUCCAGCAACCACCGGCGUUUCUUCCACAUCACCCGGUGUUCUUCUUUCCCAGGGAUUGCUGUAUUCUUCCACUCUUCUUCUGCAAAUUUUUUUUUUCACCAUGUCUACUGGUGGCACUCCUCCUUCCUCUGAUUCUCCGAUUGAUGACUCCCCAAAUACUACCCCAUCACCUGAUUCGUCUGCUGUUCAUCCUUCUCCUCAUUCCACAUCCACCAAUACUACUUCAUCAUCUCAGCUGCCCAAUUCCAAACAUCCACUUGAAGAUCCAGCACAUCCUUACUAUCUUCAUCAUGGAGAUAACCCCGGCAAUAUCUUGGUCACACAACUUCUCACCGACCAAGACAAUUACCCUUCAUGGAGUCGGGCAAUGCGGCUUGCUAUAUCUGUCAAAAACAAGAUAGGCUUUCUUGAUGGUUCUAUCGCUAAACCUUCCAUAUCUGAUACUUUCUUAUACAAUGCUUGGUUUAGAAAUAAUAAUAUUGUGAUUUCUUGGAUACUUAACUCGGUUUCGAAAGAAAUUUCAGCAUGCAUUUUAUAUGAUGAAUCUGCUUCUGAGAUUUGGACAGAUCUUCGAAUUCAAUUUCAGCGAUGAAAUGGUCCACAUAUUUUCAAUCUUCGCAAGGAACUAAUGAAUCUUAAUCAAGAUAUGAUGUCAAUUAGCAUGUACUACACUCGGCUCAAAACGAUUUGGGAGGAGCUCACCAAUUAUCGCCCAACAUGUACAUGUAACAAUUGUACAUGUGGAGGAGUCAAGAAAUUGCAAGAACACUACCAUAUGGAGUAUAUCAUGUCUUUUCUUAUGGGACUCAAAGACUCAUACUCUCAAGUCCGAGGUAACAUUCUCCUUAUGGAUCCUUUGCCCGAGCUUAAUCGUGUUUUUCAUUUGGUCACUCAGGAAGAAAAUCAACAUGGCACUCCCGAUCCUACUGCCCCUUCUAUGGCCUUUGCUGUUAACAGUGACAAAUCUAUCUCUCAAAGAUAUAAUUCUGCUGCACCAAGAUCAUCCAAUCAAAGAAGAACUCGUCCCUUCUGUACUCAUUGUAAUAGCCUUGGUCACACAAUUGAAAAAUGUUAUAAACUCCAUGGGUAUCCUCCAGGAUUUACCACAACCAAACCACCUACUAGUACCAUUCUUCCUCCACGGGUACCUAAGGAAGCUGCUGUGAAUCAAGCCCAAACAGAUGAGGAUCUCUCUAAGUCAUCCACUACCAAUAGUACCAUUCUCCCUCAACUUACUUCAACUCAAUAUCAGCAAUUACUUAAUCUUUUAGCCUCUCAAAAUUCUGGUAUGCACUCUUCAGCCAUCUCUUCUUCUCAUGGUAUUGAAGGACAACCUCAACAAGAGGAUGAUUGGCACGGGUAAAGCAAUCAAUGGAAUCUACCUAUUGGAUUCUACUCCUACUGCACAAAGUGUUUUUUCUAUUACAGCUGAUACUUGGCAUUCUCGAUUGGGCCAUUUAUCCAAUAAAAGAUUAGCUUUGCUUCGAAAUGUCUUACAUUGUAACACUUCUUUACUACAUAAAAAGACACCUUGUUAUAUUUGUCCUCAAGCAAAGCAAAAUAAGUUAUCUUUUCCAAAUAAUAAUAAAUUUUCAUCUCAUAUUUUUGAUCUUGUGCACUGUGAUAUAUGGGGUCCUUAUUAUAUACCAUCUUAUUCUAAUCAUAAAUUUUUUCUUACCCUUGUUGAUGAUUGUUCUAGAUUUACUUGGAUUUAUUUGCUCAAGCACAAAUCUGAUGCUUUACUUGUCAUUCCUGAGUUUCUUUCUUUUAUUCAAACUCAA